AUGGGGGAUUUCAAUACCAUGUUAUUUCCCCAUGACGGUUUUGAUGGGUCUUCUCGCCGUAAUACGGAUAUGUCUGAUUUUUAUGCGUGUGUAGAGGAUGUGGAAAUUUUUGAUUUACACUAUACAGGCGUCCAUUUCACGUGGAAUCAAAAGCCGAACUCUUCUGGGGGUAUCAUGCGUAAGCUGGAUAGAGCUAUGGGAAAUUCAGAGUUUACGUCCAAAUUCCAAGAUGCUACUGUUCAAUUUCAUCCUUCGGGCCUUUCGGAUCACUCGCCAGUGAUCUUAUCUUUCAAAUGUGGCACUCGAAAAAGGAGGUAUGGAUUUAAAUUUGACAAUUUUAUUACUGAACAUCCAGCCUUCUUACAAGUUGUUAAAGAUGAAUGGGCCAAACAUAUUGAGGGCACUUUUAUGUUUCGAAUAGCUUCUCACUUGAAGGCUCUGAAGACUCCUCUUCGGCAACUUCGAAACUCCUAUGGUAAUCUUGGCAAGCGAGUCUCGUUUUUAAAAACUGAAUUAGACCGCAUCCAAAUGGAUGUAGAUAAAGACCCUUCUAAUGGUGAGUUAGGCCAAGAUCUUGGUCAUAUUCGUAUUGCGUAUCAGAAUGCUUGUCGGGAUAAGGAAAGUGCUGCUAAACAACGGGCUAAAAUUAAGUGGUUGAAUGAAGGUGAUUUGAAUACCAAAUUCUUCCAUAAGGUGAUCAAAGAGCGGCAUUACUCCAACUCCAUUCAGUUAGUCUGCACGAGUAGUGGAGUUUAG